GCCAGUCGUUUCAAUUCAACAUUCACAAAGUAGUCAAGUCAGAAAUGGUAUGGUAUCUGUUGGCGAGUAUGAAAUGUCAUUAGAUGAACGUUGGGAAUAUCCCCGGAAAAAUUUGCGCAUUAUGAACACUUUGGGUGAAGGCGAAUUUGGAAAAGUUGUUCAAGCUGAAGCGAUAAACAUUUCAGUACAUGGAAGUGGAAUAACAAUUGUAGCAGUGAAAAUGCUGAAAGACAACCAUUCUGACUCUGAUAUGAUCGAUUUAGUAUCUGAAAUGGAAGUACUAAAGUUACUGGGAAAUCAUCCAAACAUCCUGCGACUCCUUGGCUGCUGUAGCCAAGGGGGACCACUGCUUGUGAUCACAGAAUUGGCUCACAAUGGAAACCUGAAAAAUUUUCUACAAAAACACCGUCAUCAAUCCAUCAAACCAACAGAAAUCACUCUUCUGACGUAUGCUCGUCAAAUUGCUCAGGGCAUGACUCAUCUGACUGCUAUGAAGUGCAUUCAUCGAGAUUUAGCAGCUAGAAACAUUCUUGUAACAACUGACCAUACGAUGAAAAUAGCAGAUUUUGGCCUCGCGAGAAAUGUGAUAAAUUCAGAGUACUACAAAAAAACAACAGCGGGUAGACUUCCCAUCAAAUGGAUGGCACCUGAAGCUUUACUUCAUAACAAAUACUCCAUAAGAUCGGACGUGUGGUCAUAUGGUGUACUAUUAUGGGAAAUUGUAACCUUUGGUGAGAAUCCAUACCCUUCGAUCAAAAGCUUUGCCGGGGUAAUUCAGGUUAUAAUCCAGAAUCGUAGGCUGGAGAAGCCCCUGAACACAUCCGCAGAUGUGUACAAUUUGAUGCUGGAUUGUUGGAAAUAUGAACCCAAACAGCGUCCAAAUUUCUCAACUAUUGUUGAACGUAUAACAGAGUUAUUAGGUAAUGUAGAUGUGGACAACGAGUCUGAUUAUUCAGAAUAUUCUGAUCAAUCUUACGAAUUAAGAAGCCUUAUUUCAAUCAAAGACUCCACUAAAGAAGAAAAUGCAAGCAAAGUGCAUGAAUCAGAAUCAAGAAGCCUAGUUUCUAUGACAGAUUCUACUGAAAAAGAAAGUGAAAGCGAAAGGACAGAUGAGAAGGCAAAGACAACACCAGGGGUAUGCUGUUCGAAGGACUCGGAAUCGGAAUCGGAAUCAAUAAAAAUGGAAAGAGAAGCAUUCGCCAGAUCGUGGAACGACGAGUGGUAGGAGUGGCAAGUCGAAGGCCAAGCCUCUACAUAAAUACGGAUUACAAACAAGAAUGCGCAAGAGCCACCAACAACUCACUCAUUCCAGCCCCAGGGAAGCGCAAGAGCUUCAGAGUGAGUAGGCAAAUACCAGUGCCUAAAAACUGGCCAAUUUGGCUAAGGGAGUAAACCCCAACAGAAAAUCAUGGUGGAAGGCAACGGGAAACCAGCACCAUUAUAUUUCCCUAGAAUUAUAUGGACAUCAAUUGAGCAACGGCCCAAAGUCUCCGUCAGGCUGAUCCUCAUCCACCAAGGCAGCCGGAUGUAUUUUCAUUUAACCUUAUUAUAUUAUUCUGUCUCUUUUUUUAAAAUUCGUGAAUACAGCUAACAAUUAUUGAAUCUUUCAAACUCACACUCUCACACUCUUUGAUUUGAACAAACUAAGCUAAAUUGAAAAAUCAUAUUCUAAAAUUCUGCAACCAAAAUUUCAGGUUGUAAAGUUCAUUUUAUAAUUUUCUGUGAUUUUUCAAAAAAUUUAAAAACAUGAAAAAGCACUUUUGAGUACGAUUUUUAAACUUUCGCGCAUUAAUGUAGACUGAAAAUUAAAUUUCUACCAUAUGUACGUUGGAUACUUGAAAUCGACUGAGGUGAGGGCGAGUGAAUCGCAAGUUGGAAGUGAUGGGUCACUUUUUUACAUGUUGAAAAAUCUCAAAUUUUUAAAAAAGGUUCAAAAUCGUCACCUAAUUUUUGCCUAAAAUUAAUAUCUACCUACAAACUUCAUUUAAUCCCUAGCUAUAGAGUUGACCCUUCGAAUCAUUUUCCAGUCAAACUGGAGCCUCCGGCAUGAUUGGACUUUCCUCCAGCAGCUUCAAAUUGCUCCAAAAGGAGUUUUACCUAAUCAACAUUGGCAACUGAAAAUUUGAUCCUAUAAUGAAUAAGUCGGAGAUAACCUGUUCAAAAGACGUGUUUGUAAUUUUAGUUAAUAGCUAUUGAAUAUUCUAAUGAAAAUAUUUCAUUUUUUUUUUUUUUUUGAUAUCUCGAUUAAAUGUAAUUAGACCAUAUUAUGUAAGUACGAUUUAUUUUUAUUUAUUUUUCUAUUUAUUUAUUUAUUUAUUUAUUUAUUUAUUUAUUUUGUUUUUAAAUUAUGAAAUAAUAAUGAUUUUAUUUUAGGUGUGAUUACCUAGUUAAUUUAUUUAGUUAAGUAUA